GGAUUGCGCCCAUCGCCCAGGAGGGGCGGAGCAAGGGCGGGAACGCGUAGCGAAGUGGGAGGCACCCGCGCGCUUCCGAGGUCUGGGUCUGGAGACUGUCUCGCUCCAGGCGGCGCCCCCGCGUGACUGCGCUUUACAUAAUCGCCGCCUUGUGCGUCAGAGUGGCGUACUUAAACCCAGUCCGAAUCGGAGUCGUCGGAAGCGCGCUGUUCUGCCUCUCUUCGUUUGAUCGACAUCAAAGUGAACCAGUGAUCGGGCCUCCAGCGCGUCGCGCCCGCCUCAGUUCGCUCCGGCCCGCCCGCGCCUGCCUGCGCCCGCCCAGGCCCUCCCGCACCCUGCUGCCUGCUGCCACCGCCAGGUUGUCUCUCAGACUGUCAGAUAAAGCGGCAGGCCGGGCCGGCGGGCGGUGAUCGCGGCCCCGGCCAGACAUGGCGGCGCUCUACGCCUGCACCAAGUGCCACCAGCGCUUCCCCUUCGAGGCGCUGUCUCAGGGGCAGCAGCUGUGCAAGGAAUGUCGGAUUGCACACCCUGUUGUGAAGUGCACCUACUGCAGGACUGAGUACCAGCAGGAGAGUAAAACCAAUACUAUAUGCAAGAAAUGUGCUCAGAACGUGCAGUUGUAUGGAACGCCCAAACCUUGUCAGUAUUGCAACAUAAUUGCAGCAUUUAUUGGCAAUAAAUGCCAGCGCUGCACAAAUUCAGAGAAGAAGUAUGGACCACCGUAUUCUUGUGAACAGUGCAAGCAACAGUGUGCAUUCGACAGAAAAGAUGAUAGAAAGAAGGUAGAUGGGAAACUGCUGUGCUGGCUGUGCACACUUUCGUACAAACGCGUCCUCCAGAAGACCAAAGAGCAGAGGAAGCACCUAAGCAGCUCUUCUCGGGCCGGCCACCAAGAGAAGGAGCAGUACAGCCGCUUGAGUGGCGGCAGCCAUUAUAACAGCCAGAAAACACUUUCUACAUCUUCAAUUCAAAAUGAAAUCCCCAAGAAAAAAUCGAAGUUUGAGUCAGUCACAACUAACGGAGACAGCUUUUCCCCAGACCUGGCUCUGGACUCACCAGGCACUGACCACUUUGUCAUCAUCGCCCAACUGAAAGAAGAGGUGGCUACUCUGAAGAAGAUGUUGCACCAAAAGGAUCAGAUGAUUUUGGAGAAGGAGAAGAAGAUCACAGAGCUGAAGGCUGAUUUUCAGUACCAGGAAUCCCAGAUGAGGACCAAGAUGAACCAGAUGGAGAAAACGCACAAAGAAGUCACAGAGCAAUUGCAGGCUAAAAACCGAGAGCUUCUGAAGCAGGCAGCUGCACUGUCCAAAAGCAAGAAGUCCGAGAAGUCAGGAGCGAUAACCUCUCCGUGACCGAUGGCAGGCUGCUCCCCAGCAACAGCAGAUGGAGUCACCUUGGGUUAGGGUUAGAGACCUGGCUGUUCUCUGGGAACUGCAAGCGUUCUUAAAGAUCCCCAUUUUACUACA